ACCCUUGAAAUCUCUGCAGCUUUCGGUUCAUUUGCACUUUGUUAAGGUCGUAACAGCGAGGGUGUGGUUCUGCUUGCAUGUCCUUUCAGGGAAAAAACGCCCGUUUGGUUAUCUACCGAUACGGAGAGACCUCUUCAAUCACUGCAAGCGCAUUCCUUCCGUUCGUGGAGAGCGCGCAUUAGUCGCAGGGAUUGGGAGAGAGCAACACACACUACGGGAGGAAUUCCAUGGCUACCUUAAAUCAUAUGCUGACAUAGCAAGAACCCGCUCGAGCUCUACCCUUCCAUAUCCGAGAGGGACGGACUAGGUGUCACCCCCCCCCCCCCCCCCCCCCCCCCCACGACAGACCCCGGAGCACGGACGUCACACAGACAUUACAGGAACGGUGAGCGAGCCAAGUUGGUCAGUCGGUACGCAGCGUGUCGAAGUGAGGACGCGUGUUGCAUACCGCCGCUAUCUGGAUUUACCGGAGAGCUCUUUAUAGCGCGGGGACCUACAUGCCCAAACUGGGGAAACUUGGAAAGUCAAAAACUUUACCGCGAAGCUUUCAAGUUUUCGCCACUAUCAUUGGCUAUCGAAUGGACCCGCACCCCGGCGCGCGAAGCUGCGCGAGCCGCGGCGGUCCUUCCUGCGAGGCCGUGCCCAGCGAGCCCUCCAUGAACGUGUAUAUCCACUCCACCACCGGCACGCGCUUCGAGCUGUCACUACCGCAGGAGGAGACCGUGGAGGGCCUGAAGAAACGGCUCUCCCAGAGGCUGAAAAUACCAAAAGAGAGACUCGCCCUUCUGCACAAAGAGACGCGUCUGAGUUCAGGCCGGCUGCUGGAUCUGGGUGUGACUGACCGGAGCAGACUAACCCUGGUACCCACAGUGGAGGCUGGGCUCAUGUCACAGGCCUCCAGACCAGAGCAGUCCGUCAUGCAGGCUCUGGAGAGCUUAACAGAGACUCAGGUCAGUGACUUCCUGUGUGGCCGGUCCCCCUUGACACUGGCACUGCGUGUUGGAGACCACAUGAUGUUCGUGCAGUUGCAGCUGGCGUCCCAGCAGGCCGUGGGGGGGGCGGGGCUUCAGAGCAGGGGGGGGCGGGGGGGGGGCGGAGGCCCGGGUCUUCCCUCAGGGGGUGCGGCCCCUCGCUCUGGACAACCCCGAGUGCCUCUGCCCCACCACCCUGCCCCCUCCCCCCCACCCUCCCCCGCUGCCUUCCUCUCUCCGCCCCCCACCACACACCAAAACGCCCCUCCUGUCUACAGCUCCACCUCCAGACACAGCUCCCCCCCUCCCCCCUCUCCCUGCCUCCCCCAGCAGAGUGUCUUCCUGUCCCCUCGCCAAGCCCCCCCCAGCCCCCAGAGGCCCCCUCCGCCAGCCUCCAGCCCCCAGCCCAGCUGCAGCACUAAGACCUCUGGUAACAGCUCCUCCUCUCGGUCCCCCGGCGCCAUCAUCGAGAGCUUUGUGAACCACGGCCCAGGAGUGUUCUCUGGAACCUUCUCAGGCACGCUGCACCCUAACUGUCAGGACAGCAGCGGGCGCCCUCGUCGUGACAUCAGCACCAUCCUCCAGAUCCUCAACGACCUGCUCAGCGCUACACGGCACUACCAGGGGGUUCCCCCGUCUCUCAGCCAGCUCCGACAGCACGCCACGCCCUCCCCCCCACCCUGCCCCCCUGCCCCCGCCACGCCCGCCCCCCCCAGCGCACGCACGCCCCCUUUACACCCCCUGGUGCAGAGCCAGAUACACAUGUACAGGCCCCAUGGUGACCGCGUGCGUCAAACGGAGAACCGGGCAACGCGCUGCAAGGUGGAGCGCCUGCAGCUGCUGAUGCAACAGAAGAGGGUCCGGAGGAAGAGCCGGCGUGACCAGCGCGCACCCUACCAUUGGCUGCCAAGCCGCAAGGCUGGGCGGAGCCACAGCAACAGCAGCCUAUCCAGUGAGGGCUCCCUGGAUCUGGACUACGACGAGGCACUGUGGAAACCCGACGUCCAAUCAGACAUGAAGACUGAGUUCCUCAUGGCCUGAGGGGGUGGGGCAGAUCGAGGGGCAGUGGGUGUGGCUGGAGAAGGGGAGGAGCCGGAGGGGACUGCUGAAUACGGAGACGCGUUUGCUGAGGAUUGUGGGAAACGAGGGAUGUUUUAGAUGUGUGGAACUCGUCUCUCUGUCAACGCCUGGGCGGACUAAUUACCAAGUGGACUAAUUACCAGGGAAACUAGUUACCAUGUGGACUGGGGGCGUGUCCUGGGGGUGUGUCCUCGCGUACAACCCCUCCCAUUGGGCAUUCUGUUUUCAGCCUCCAUCAGGGAGCGAGGUUUCUACUCAUACUUAACCUUGUCUCUAUGGAAACAUAACUAUUAUCAUUAUUAUUAUUAAACUCAAUAUGUAGCAUUGUUCACAAAGCAUUCAGGUUUCCACAAACUGGUCUGAUUGGUUGUUGAUUUGCACAUUAUCAUGGAACAGCUGGUCUUGUGUGCAGGAAUGGGUGGGGCUAAUAACGCACUGACUCACAGGAGAUGUACUUUGACAGAACAGAGGAUAUCUACUCAGCAUCCAUGGACGCUGCAGAGGAUGUAAAAUCUAAAUAUGAAAAAUAUAUUUUUUAUUGAACCUCCUAUCUGCUGUUUUGAAAAAACAGACAUCCGCUGAGAAGUGUGUUCAUCCAUCCAUCUACUCAUUCAUACAUUCAUUCAUUCACUCAUCAUGGUUACGAAGCCACAAAUGGUUCUAAACAUAAUUCCCCCCCCCCCCCCCCCCCCCCCCCCCCCCCGAGUCUGAUAGGCCUGGAACAACUAACCCCAUCUGCAGGCUUGUGGGUGUGUGUGGGGAGAAGGAAGUGUUCGUCUAAGUGAUGAAUGGCUGCUUCUCAUUGGUCAGUUCAUGUUAUUGGAGCUAGCCCUGUUGUGUCCUGCUAAAAGUUAGAUACACAGACAAGCAACCCUGACCCUGUCGGUCUGUGUCCAACCCUACCACUACUGCACUCCUUGGGACUGCAGAGAGAGAACCUCAUCCUGUUUCAAGUGGCCUUACCGCUCACCUCUGGGGGCGUUGGUUUUGCUCCUCAGGGGCCUCUCUGUUAGCAGGUGGAGUCUCUAUUUUGUCAAGGCUUCUGUGCCUUAAAACGCAAAGACUAUAUCCUUUCUCGACUCUGGACCGACACAGGAAGUCGCCACACUUUUGUAGUCCUCACGUGAUGGGGGUUGUAGUUCCUUGGGGGGGUUGAAGCACAUAGUGGGAUAAGAUCUAAUGUUGUUCACCGCUCCUUCUCCACUGUGUUAGUCUUUACUGCCAGCAUCCUGACCCUCUGCUAGUUUCACCCCAACCCCUCAUCAAAAAAAUGUAAAACGUUAAUUUAAUUCGUAAUUUUCUAUCUAUGUAUAAACUAUACUCUGUGUGUGCCUCACAUUUGUGUGAAAUUGAAAAAAGAAAUGUAAAAAAAGUACGAAAUAUUAGGAGGGGGGGGUGGACUCAUCAUACACGUUGCCUGCUCUCUAGUUCUUUAUCUUGUAGCCAUGAGGAGAGUCCAGACCAGAGGUCUAGCUAUAGGAGACUGUAGCACGUGUGAGUGUGUUAAUUUAUCAAACCAAAAUGGUAACUGUGAAUUCUGUUUUUCUUCAUGUAUUUUCUGAGUGGGGGGCAGGACAUGCCCCCCCCCUCUCCUGGUCAAACGGAAAUGAGUUUCCCUGCAAAAAAAAGUACAAAACAAGAUAUCAAUAUAUAUUUUUUUCUUAAGCAAUACAUUUCAGUGUGACUUGUGAUAGAUUUUUUUUCUUUUUUAGGUAAUAAAUAAAAAACAAAAGCUGCCAGUCCA